AUGUCCUCCUCCCCGUCCUCCUCCCCCUCUCCCUCCUCCCUCGCCCACCUCCUCCCCCCCAGCUGGCAAACCCAAGUAACCGCCUGGCUGGCCGAAGACACGCCCUCCUUCGACUACGCCGGCUUCGUCGUCGGCGACGCCCCCCGCACCGCCACCCUCUGGGCCAAAUCCCCCGGCAUCAUCGCCGGCCGGCCCUUCUUCGACCAGGUCUUCCACCAGUGCGGCUGCGCCGUCGAGUGGCACGCCGACGAGUGCUCCCCCGUAGUCCUGGACCAGGGCAGCAGCAGCAGCAGCAGCAAGAUGAAGGUCGCGACCGUCACGGGCCCCGCGAGGGGCAUCCUCCUGGGCGAGCGAGUCGCGCUCAACGCCCUCGCGCGGUGCUCCGGCGUCGCCACGCAGAGCCGCGCCCUCGUGGACAAGCUGCGCAAGGCCGGAUACAGGGGCGUGCUCGCGGGCACGCGCAAGACGACGCCCGGGUUCCGCCUCGUCGAGAAGUACGGCAUGCUGGCCGGCGGCGCCGACGCCCACCGCAUGGACCUGAGCGCCAUGGUCAUGCUCAAGGACAACCACGUCUGGAGCCGCGGCAGCAUCGCCGAGGCCGUCGCCGCCGCCAAGAGCGUCGCCGGCUUCAGCGUCAAGGUCGAGGUUGAGGUGCAGUCCGAGGCCGAGGCCGACGAGGCCAUUGAGGCCGGCGCGGACGUCGUCAUGCUGGACAACUUCUCCGGCGACGGCGUCAAGGUCGCGGCGAGGAGCUUGAAGGAGAGGUGGGCCGGCAAGAAGCACUUUCUACUCGAGGUCUCCGGGGGACUGAGGGAGGAUAACGUGGAGCCGUAUGUGUGCAAUGAUGUCGACAUUAUUUCGACGAGCUCGAUUCACCAGGGGGUUCCGCACGUCGACUUUUCCCUCAAGAUCAAUCACUGA